UAGCUACUCUCUCUCACCCACAAAAAAAACCUCAAAACAUAUAUCGCUCUCUCGCUCUCUCGAUCUAUCAGAUCGUAAACACACAAAAUACAUUUCGUUCCCGAGUUGUGAAUUGAUGCAGCAGAGAGGCCGAUCCGUCAACCGUAGAUCAAGAAGCUUCUCCCGAUCCAGACUCGCCGUCGAAGGCCACUGAACCCAAACUCUCUCUCUUGUUCUCUCUCGCAAACAGAUCUCUUUUUUCCGACGAACACCUUUCCCACAAUGGCAGCAUCGUACGAAGCAGAGCGUGACGUCCAGAAGAAUUACUGGAUUGAGCAUUCGGCUGAUCUGACUGUUGAAGCUAUGAUGCUCGACUCUCGUGCUGCUGAUCUCGACAAGGAAGAACGCCCUGAGGUGCUCUCUUUGCUUCCACCCUACGAAGGCAAGUCGGUGCUGGAGCUUGGAGCUGGUAUUGGUCGUUUCACUGGUGAAUUGGCUCAGAAGGCUGGUGAACUCAUUGCUCUUGACUUCAUUGAUAGCGUCAUCAAGAAGAAUGAGAGUGUUAAUGGGCACUACAAGAAUGUGAAGUUUAUGUGUGCUGAUGUUACCUCCCCUGACCUGAACAUCACUGAUGGAUCCAUCGACUUAAUUUUCUCCAACUGGCUUCUCAUGUAUCUCUCUGACAAAGAGGUGGAGCUUUUGGUAGAAAGGAUGGUUGGUUGGAUCAAAGUUGGAGGAUACAUUUUCUUCCGAGAAUCUUGCUUCCACCAAUCUGGUGACAGCAAGCGCAAGUCCAACCCCACUCACUACCGUGAACCCCGUUUCUAUACCAAGGUUCUUACUUUCUCGGAACUGCAUUUUCAAAUUUAUCAGUGGAAUACGGAAGUUCACUCACGUAGACGUUAUGCUGGUGAAAAAAUGCAGGUAUUUCAAGAAUGUGUGACACGAGAUGCUGCUGGGAACUCAUUUGAGCUCUCUAUGAUCGGGCAAAAGUGCAUUGGAGCUUAUGUGAAGAACAAGAAGAAUCAGAACCAGAUUUGCUGGAUUUGGCAGAAAGUCAGCUCAGAGAAUGACAGAGGCUUCCAACGUUUCUUGGACAACGUUCAAUACAAAUCCAGUGGGAUCCUCCGCUAUGAGCGUGUCUUUGGACAAGGCUUUGUGAGCACUGGUGGAAUCGAGACAACCAAAGAGUUUGUGGAGAAAAUGGAUCUGAAACCAGGACAGAAAGUGUUAGAUGUUGGUUGUGGCAUUGGUGGAGGUGACUUCUACAUGGCUGAGAACUUCGAUGUUCAUGUGGUUGGUAUCGAUCUGUCCGUCAACAUGAUUUCAUUCGCACUGGAACGUGCUAUUGGACUCAACUGCUCGGUUGAGUUUGAGGUCGCGGAUUGCACCACAAAACAUUACCCUGAGAAUUCCUUUGAUGUCAUUUACAGCCGUGACACUAUUCUGCACAUCCAAGACAAACCAGCUUUGUUCAGGACUUUCUUCAAGUGGCUUAAACCGGGAGGCAAAGUGCUCAUCAGCGACUACUGUAAGAGCUCGGAAACUCCAUCUCCUGAGUUUUCUGAGUACAUCAAACAGAGAGGAUAUGAUCUCCAUGAUGUUCAAGCUUAUGGGCAGAUGCUAAAAGACGCAGGCUUUAACGAUGUGAUCGCAGAAGACCGUACUGAUCAGUUUAUGCAAGUCCUGAGACGUGAACUAGAGAGGGUGGAGAAAGAAAAGGAAGAGUUCAUCUCCGACUUCUCCAAAGAGGACUACGAGGACAUAGUUGGUGGAUGGAAGGCGAAGCUGGAGAGAAGUGCUUCGGGUGAGCAGAAGUGGGGACUUUUCAUCGCCAACAAGAACUAAUAACCUCUUUUACUUCAAAAUGCUUCUUUGCUUCUUCAAUAAUAAAAAAAACAUCAUUUCCGUUUGGCAAUGAUGUGUGGACUUUGUGUGUUGUUUGUUUCUUACCUUCACUGUUUUCGGUUAGAUAUGUAAACCGAAUUUCGUUUGGUUCGAUCUUUGUUUCGUAUCUCAAUUUGUUUCAAAUUAUAAGCAUUAUAAUAUUUGGAUUUUCUUUUUCAGUUUUA